AUGGCCGCGAAGUCGGAUGGCCAGGCUGCCGCCGCGCCCCGUUGCUCCUCGCCCGCGCCCCUCCUGCGCCGGGAAGGCUCCGAGGCGGGCAGUCUCCCGCGGGGGGCCAGACGGGCACCGGGCAGCCCGGCCACCGCCUCCUCCUGCUCCUCCGUCCCGCCGCCUCCCUUUCUUCCUCCUCUUCCUCCUCCUCCUCCUCCGACCGCGCUGCCGGUGCCGGUGCCCGGGCCGCGGGGCCGCGCCUACAGCCUGCGGGAUUGUUGCUGGGUGCUGGGCGCCUUGCUGGUCUUCUUCUCGGACGGCGCCAGCGACCUGUGGCUGGCGGCCGAUUACUACCUGCGGGGCCACUACUGGUGGUUCGGGCUGACGCUGCUCUUCGUGCUGCUCCCGUCGCUGGUGGUCCAGCUGCUCAGCUUCAGGUGGUUCGUCUACGACUUCGCCGCCGCGCCCGCCGCCGCCGCCGCCGCCUUCAGCACCAAGGACAGCGCCGCCGCCGCCUCGGCCGCCGCCGCCGCCGCCUCGGCCGCCGCCGCGCCCCGCCUGGGCUGCUGCCGCCUCUGUGUCUGGAUCCUGCAGGCCCUCAUUCACCUGCUCCAGCUCGGCCAGGUCUGGAGGUACCUGAGGACCCUCUACCUGGGUCUCCAGAGCCGGUGGCAGUCUGAGCAUCGCCAGCGCCAUUUUUACUGGAGGAUGAUGUUCGAAUGUGCCGACGUCAGCAUGUUGCGCCUCCUGGAGACCUUCCUCAAGAGCGCCCCCCAACUGGUGCUGCAGCUGAGCAUCAUGGUGCAACAGAAGUGGAUUUACCCUCUGCAGGGUCUCUCAGCUUCUGCCUCGCUGGUGUCUCUGGCGUGGACCUUGGCCUCUUACCAAAAGGUGCUCCGGGAUUCCCGGGAAGACAAGAUGCCCAUGUCCUACAAAGGUGCCAUGGUCCAAGUCCUGUGGCACCUCUUCACCAUUGCCGCCCGAGCCAUCGCCUUUGCUCUCUUCGCCUCCGUCUUUCAGCUCUACUUCGGCAUCUUCAUCGUUACCCAUUGGUGCAUCAUGACCUUCUGGAUCAUCCAAGGUGAGACGGAUUUCUGCAUGUCCAAGUGGGAGGAGAUCAUCUACAACAUGGUGGUGGGCAUCAUCUACAUCUUCUGCUGGUUCAACGUCAAGGAAGGCCGCAGCCGUUGCCGCAUGUCCAUCUACUACGUCAUCACCCUGCUGGAGAAUGCCGCGCUGACGGGCCUCUGGUACUGGUUCCGUGAACAGUACCUGAUCUCCGAAUUCUACGCCUUGAUCAUCGUCUGCGUGGUGGCCUCCAGCUUCGCUUUGGGAGUCUUCUUCAUGUUCAUCUACUACUGCCUCUUGCAUCCCAGUGGAACCAUUUUUGGGGCCCAGAACGCUGGCUGCCUCUGCGGGGAAGAGUCUACCGCCGUACCCCGGGCUACGGCGCCUCCACCGGACGUCAUCACCAGUCCACCACGUUCCUUGCCAAGGACUACAGACCGAGAGGGGAUACCGGGGGACAGAGACAGCUGCGGGCCGGUCUUUCAGGUCAGGCCCAGCAUGCCUUCCACCCCCAUAGCCCGGGUCCCACGGACAGAGGGGCCUGUUAUUCGCAUUGAUUUGCCACGGAAGAAGUACCCCGCCUGGGACGCCCAUUUCAUAGACAGGCGUCUCCGUAAGACCAUCCUAGCUCUUGAGUACACCUCUCCGGCCACGCCGCGCUUGCAGUAUCGCAGCAUGGGGGCAUCACAGGAGCUGUUGGAAUAUGAGACCACUGUGUGAGCUGGCCAGGAGGGACCCUUCCAGGGCUCGUGGGCUGAACCGGGGUCCAAGCAGCCCAAGUGAGCAGGCCUUGGGACCGUCCCGGUCCGUUUUGGGUGGGAUGGCAGGAGUGGAAGUCCAGGAAGCAUCAGGAUAUCCCAUUCCCAUGUUGCGAUAUUCGGUUUAAUUUCUCCUUCACACGAUAUACGGACUGCUCGUGGCUCCCCGUGCAAUGGUGGUCAACUGGUGCUAUUUGCUGUUCUCUCAGCUCACUGUCUGGGCUAUGCAUUGGGUGGGUUGUGAACCCCCUCCUCCAUCCCUGUGGGCAGGGCCCCUGUUUGUCCUCCUCCCGAGUUGUGUUCCAGGAGGGACCCUCGUUCCCAGCCAAGCCUCUC